GACCAUAACCUCCAUUUUAAGUACUUCCCCCAAAAAACAAAACCUAAUUAGCUUAACACUAAUCCCAAAAAAGAUCACAAUGUCUUCAAUAAUAAUUCUCCUCUCCCUUCUCUUCUCCUUCACUUCCUCAAGACCACUUCCACCCUCACUUCCUCAAUUCACAUGGCAAGCUUUUGCUAACCUCACCGGAGCCAAGCAAGGUGAUGAACUCUCCGGCAUCGCCGAUCUCAAACACUACCUCAAUCGUUUCGGUUACCUCCCCGGCAUCGCCGCAAACUUCACCGACACUUUCGACAACUCUCUAGCCACUGCCAUCUCCCUUUACCAAUCCAAACUCAACCUCCCAAUCUCCGGCCACCUCGAUGAACCCACACUCACCAAUCUCAUGUCUCCGAGAUGUGGCGUCUCCGACACCACCACCACUCGUCGUAAAACCUUCCAAUACUUCCCCGGCGAGCCUCGGUGGUCCCGGUCACACCCAAUAACUCUCUCCUACUCCCUCUCCCCUCACAACACCAUAAACUACAUAUCAAAAGCCGAUAUAAUUGCGUCGGUGAGCCGAGCAUUCGACCGGUGGUCGAGAGUGAUUCCAAUCACCUUCAUCGAAGAAAAUAACUACGAAGAAGCCGAUGUGAAGCUUGGCUUUUACAGAGGUGAUCAUGGUGAUGGAGAACCAUUUGAUGGUGUUCUUGGGGUGCUUGCACAUGCCUUCUCGCCGGAGAACGGAAGGCUGCAUUUGGAUGCAGCUGAACGGUGGUCAGUGAACUUUGCCGACGAGAAGUCUGAGGUUGCAGUGGACUUAGAAUCAGUUGUUACUCAUGAGAUUGGGCAUGUGCUUGGGCUUGCUCACUCUAGUGAGAGUGAUGCAGUGAUGUUUCCGAGUCUGAGUCCGAGGAUGAUGAAGAGGGAACUUAGGGUUGAUGAUGUUGAAGGAGUUCAGGCAUUGUAUGGGUCUAACCCUAAUUUUAAGAUGAGUUCUAUUUUGGAGUCUGAUCAGGAUACUUCUUCUUCUGCUUCUUCUUCUUCUUCUUUAGUUAGGGUUAGGGUUUGGGGUUUUGGAGUUGUUUUUCUGUUGAUGGUUUUUGUUUUAUGAUU